AUGUGCAGCAACAAACAUGUAGGAAGACUCAAUCUCGACGACUCUCCGUACGACCAAGACACGUACUGGGGUCGCUUCCGCCACUAUUUCCAGCGAACCAACCCUUUCCACCUCCUCACCAGCUCCGACACACUCGAAGACUCCAAAUGCCUCUACCUCAAAUACCGAUGCGGGGAGCCUCUGGCGGCCGAUGUGACCGAAGACGAAGUCUGGCGAGCCAAAGCCCUGUUCGAAUCGGCUUACAAUCCAGAAACCGGCGAGAAAAUAAACUUCUGGGCCCGGCCUGCGGCCUUCAUCCCCGUCAACAUGGUCCUAGCUGGGGGCAUGAUGGCCUAUUACAAGUCCACUCCGGGGGUGGUUUUCUGGCAGUGGUUGAAUCAAACGUACAACACGUGGGUCGGUUACAAGAAUAAGGGCUCGGAUGAUGAAAUCACCAACACGCAAUUGAUCACGAGCUACGUGGUGGCCACUGGUACUGCCAUAGGCACCGCCUUGGGGCUAAACCGGCUUUUGGUCAACUCGCCCGCUCUGGUGGGGCGGUUUGUGCCGUUCGUGGCCGUGGCGGCGGCGCACUGUGUCGGCACGCCACUGCUGAAGGCCCAAAUUCUCAAGAAUGGUACCCCGAUUUAUGACGACUGUCACAACAAACUGGGGUACUCGAAGAACGCAGCUUAUGCAUCGAUUAGUGACUCCAUUAUGAACAAAAUUUUCAUCGCCGUGCCCCCCAUGUUACUGACCCCGCUAGUGAUGAACUAUCUAGAACGAAGGGGCACCUUGUGCCGGUACCCCUGGGUGAAUUUCCCGGCCCAUGUUGGUUUCGCCGGUCUCUUCCUGACCUUCCUAUCGCCCUUGGCUUACGCCCUGUACGCCCAAAGACCGCACAUGCCUUACAAGCACUUAGAAACCGAUCUGAGGGAGGCUCUCUGUAAAAAAUUCUACGACCGUCCCCCCAAAUUCGUUUACUACGAGCAAAGUGUAUAGUUCCGUUUCCGUAAAAUAAAACCCUUUUGCUAGAAA